CAUUGAACAAUCAGUAGCAGCGUGGAGGGAACGAAGCCAUUUUCAUUUCCCUCCCAAUUCCCCACCAGAUUUCUUCAUACUUCCGAUCUGCCUCUCUCUUUUAUCACCCAAAUUAGGGUUUAGACACUCAAUGAGACUCUCCCUCCUCUAGCUGAUGAACAACAGAAAUGGAUAAUCCGUUGACACCGCCGGAUGAUAUAACCGAGAAGAAGAAGAAAAGUUCAGAUCCAGAAUUUAUAAGUUGUUUGCUUCAGCCUCCAACUGCUGAUUCAGAUCCUACUUACAUUGGGACUCGUCGUCUACUUCUUUACAGGAAACUUAACUCUGGUAUUGAUCGCCGUAAGGAUUGGAAAUCGAAUGGAAAAGGUUAUGUCGCAUACCGUAAUUGGAUUUGUAGACCAAGGAAUUGGGAGAGUUUGCAUAUUCCAAGUGGCCCGAGCACACCUGGUCAAAGUGGGCGAUGGGUUCCGACUCCAAGCCCACUCUCUAUUUUGUUAGAGGUGGACAGUUGGGGGGGUUCCAGCAGGGAUUUAAGAAGUGGCAAUCUCGGUCGUCGUACAAGUUUCAGCUCAAGCCUGAGUGAUAGUGAUCGGCCUAUACGGAAAGUUGAACCUGCAUAUUCUUUUGUAGGGAUGCAUUGCAUCUUUGACCAUUGCAAAGCAUCAGUUACUGUGUUGAAGUUUGGGAACAUGAGUUCGGAUCUACUUGCUUAUGGGGCUUCAGAUGGAUCCUUGACUGUUUGCAGUGUCUCUCAACCACCUUCUAUCGUUAAGCAUUUGAGUGGUCAUUCAAAAGAUGUCACAGAUUUUGAUUUUUCAUCCAACAAUCAGUAUAUUGCUUCAACGUCAAUGGAUAAGACUGUGAGAAUAUGGGAGUUAUCAGGAGGAAACUGCAUUAGAAUAAUAUAUGGGGUCUCCCCACAAUUAUGCAUCCGCUUUCACCCAGUAAAUAACAACUUCCUUUCAGUUGGCAAUGGAAAUAGAGAAAUCAAUGUGAUAAAUUUCAGCACUGGGAGGAUCAUUAAAAAAGCAAUGUUCGAGAGUGAGGUUACAGCCAUGGACCACGACCAUACUGGUCAGCUUAUAUUUUGUGGUGAUGCUCAGGGGUGCAUAUACAGCGUACUUAUGGACUCCCACACUGGAGCAUUAUCCCGGUCACAUCGCCAGCGAAGUAGCCUUAAACAAAAAUCCCCUACUACAACUGUACAGUAUCGUACCUUCUCUCUGCUGGCAAGGGGUCCUGUUCUUUUAACAUGUACACAGGAUGGAAGUCUUUCCUUCUUCAGUGUUGCUUUGGAGAUACAAGGGUAUUUGACUCUCCGUUGUUCACUCAAACUGGCUCCUCGAGUGCACAGUAUCCGUGCAACAUUCUGCCCACUACUUUCACUUGAAAAGGGAGAAUUUAUAGUUGCUGGAAGCGAAGACUCGAACGUUUACUUUUAUGACUUGACUCGUCCAAAACACACGUGUGUAAACAAAUUACAGGGUCAUGGUUCACCAGUUAUAGGGAUUGCUUGGAACCAUGGAGAGAACUUUUUGGUUUCAUCAGAUUCUGAUGGUACAGUGAUUGUCUGGAAACGAGCAAAGACUACUAGUUAACGCAACGUUUACACUGAAAGAUGACGCUUCCAUCAUGUGUACACCAAGAAAGAAUGAAAAAGGAUAUCUGUUCACUUGGAAACCACCUUUUGCUCGUGGAUCCGUUGGACCACUUGUGAUAAAGUGCGUUCCCAAGUACAGCUUUUAUUUUCUUCUCUAGUAUCUCUACAGUUGUUACAAAUCGUAAAUUUUGGAAAACAAAAUGAAACUUGAGUAGGUGAGUAAGAAUUUCUCCACACAAGUCUUCGAAUAGUUUUAUAUAUGCUAAUGGAAUUGGAGAAA